AUGUUCUCUUCUAUAGACAAUACAGCAUGGAUGGACGAAGAAGAUGAACAGCUGAACUUCGACGGAAUGCUAACUGAAGUUACAAAGUGGAGUAUGAACCAAAACAAAUUUCAAUUUCGACAAACGGUUACUCACAAUCUUCUUCUCAUGGGUAAAACUCGUACAGGAAAAACGACUGUGGCCGAAGUACUUGCUGAUCCUUGUUAUGUACCACUUGAUGCUAAACUUCAUUCGGAUACAAAAGAAGUAACCAUUCAUCCAGUUGUUGUAACAAUGGUUCACGAGGAUCGCAUCUACUGCUUCAAUGUCGUCGACACACCCGGCUUGUAUGAUAAGGUAAAAAAUAGAGUCACUCCACUAUCAAAUGAACGAAUUAAAGUUGUCAUUGAUGAAUGCAUUAAGAAGGAUGUUACUAAUAUGCAUCUCUUUGCCUUUGUAAUUAGUUUGAAAGGCAAUGUAGAUACAGAAGAUAUUAGUUCGAUGAAAUUCAUUAUGAAGAACUAUCCAAAACUUCAUCCGCACAUUUGUUUAUUAGUAACACAUUGUGAAGGAAACUCUGCAGAACAACGAACAGCAAAAGUGAAGGAGUUUUUCGAAUCACAAACAGUGGUUGCACUUGGUUUGAAAGAAUUUUUUGGACAAAAUAUUUAUUAUAUGGGUUCCUUACGUCCAGAACUAAGAACUAAUCCAGAUAAACAAUGUGUUCGUCAACAGAUGCGAAAUAUUCUUGAAAUGCGUGAAAAAUUUCUUGAAUACAUCAUUAGUAUUGAUGUCAAAAAUUCUUUCAACAUCCAUCGUCUUGACGUUGCGGAUCCAGCCUGUAAGAUACUCUAA